CUACAAUGUCCGCCCGGCCCAGUGAAUCUCACCUUGAUCUGAUCUGAUCUCUCUGAUCUUCCCUCCAUGAGUGCCGCGCUUGCUGCCCCUCCGCCUUUAUCGCAGGAGCCGCCGACAGCUCAGCAGCCCUUUGUAUCGCUGCCUUCCCAUCCCCCUCCCCAGCAAACUUCCGAGUCACCCAACAGCUUGCUGCUGCCGCGCUAUCAGUGUGACGAUGAGAUCUCCUCGACGCACGUGAGGUUUAAGGGUGCCGUGUCAGCCAUCACUUGUACGAGCGCACGCACACAGGACACCGACAUGUGCAUGUGAGCGUAGCGGUCAAAGAUCUUGUGCUUGCUGCGCUGCACGUGUGUGUGCAGGUACAGACCACUAUGUGGUGACGGGCGACAUGGCGGGAGUCAUCUGCCUCUGGUGUGUGGUGUGAAGGGGAAUGGACGCACUCUCACCUGCAAGCACAACACUCAUCUCUCUCUCCUGUCUGCAGGCUGACCACGACUGUCUCAUCUGAUGGCGCCCUCCCUGCUGGCUCACUGGGGUCCUCCCCCAUCCGCCCGUUCAAGCAGCUGCUCCCCCCUCACGCCUACCCCAUCACACAACUGGCCGCCACGUCCGACCAGAUGUACCUGGUGUCCCUCGACCAGUCGGGCCUCAUGCGCACCACCGCGCUGCCGGCGCCGGAUGAGGAGCAGCAGAUGGACGAUGGUGGUGGUGGCAAUGGCGAGAACGAGUGGGACAGGCCUCCGCCGCUGGCUGAGAGGGCGACUGAGGGGUUCUGCAUGUGCAUGGCCGAUGACGACCGAUCGGUGGUGAUAAGGGAGGGAGGGCGGGAAAUAGAUAGACGUGGGUGUACUCCCUGCCUGAUGCGCAUACACUUGUCCGUCCGUGUGUGUACGUGACGUCAUUGCGUCAGAUCCUCGGCGGCUACCUGGGGGAGCUGACGGUGUAUCCCAUCGAGAAGGGCGACCAAAGGCUGAAGGUCUCCGGUGAGUGAGUGAAUGGACGACAGACACAGGCCAGGCCGCCCCGCCACCAGCAUCAACCAACAGUGGCGACGCGCUUGUGUGUGUUGUGUUGGCUGUGCCUGAUGCAUUUCGUCAGUCCCUCUGCGGACGGGCAUGAUCACGUGUUUGUCCACAAGCUUCGAAAAGCGCAAGAGGCAGCAGGAAGUGGUCGCCAACACCAGGGUGAGGAAAUGGACCCAAGCAAUACGCACAAACAUCCCCAUGAGCUCUCGUGUGUAUGUCUGUGUGUCCUGCCCUGUCAGAGGUUCGAGUCAAGUGAGCAGACAGAAGACACUGCCAACCAACCGCACAGAGAGCCCAGCCAGCCCACUCACUGAUGUAUGUGCAUUCUUCUCGUGUGUUCGGUCCAGUGGUCGCUUAUGGCAGCGAAGAGGGCCUGGUGAGUGAGUUGAUCAUGAAACGACGAAAGAGGCCAAAGAAAGAAGGCCGGCCACUUGUGUCUGCCUGCGUCCCGUCGAACAGAUCGGCCUUCUGCGCCUCAUGACGCACCGUGACGGCACGCCAUACCAGUACACCCCUCUAUGCGACCCACAGAAACGUAAGUAAGAAUGGCUCCUGCAACCAACCCACAACCCAUGAAUGGCGCUAUCUGCCCGCCCACAUGUGUGGCAUCUGUGCAGCCUUCCAUCAUCCGAUUCGUUCCGUAUCGCUGUUUAAGGCCCAUCCGGCGGCUGGGGGGGCCCGGCACAUGCUGGCGGCGAGCGACAGCGAGUACGCUGUCUUCCGUCUCGACACGAGGAGGCCCGCACCGGGGGUGGCCGUCGCCGCUGCGUACGACAUCAGGCAGGUAGGCAACUAACUUCCCGGACCAGACAGACACCCACACCCCGACGGAUGCGUGUAUGUGUCUGUGUAUGUGUCUGUGUAUGUAUGUGUAGGUGUCUCUGACCAAUGUGUCUCACGGCUGGGUGACGCAGCUGCAAAUCCACCCGACGCUGCCGGGCCUGGCAUUCGUGACGGCGAGCACUGAUGGCCUGGUGGGCUGGGAACCGCGGAGAGAGGGGGCAGUGAGUGAGCUCGUAGAGGCAGGCAGACACUUCGUGUGAGUGAGUGUGCAGGUGCGUGUGUGGCGUCGGCUGGACAACCGGUCGAGUCGAUAUGAGGGAGAGGUGCUCGGGAGGGGCAACAACGCAGCCUGGCAUCCAACAGGUACCUACCGACACCACACGCUGCACUGUGGGCUCACUACCUGCCCACCCACCCACCUCUGUCGGGUAUCUAUCUUACCUUACCUGCAGGCAUGUUCAUCGCCGUGUCUGACGACGUGAGCGCGCCGCACGGCCCAUACACACAUGCGGUCUCCCUGGUCAGACUGUAUGGGCAGGACGGUAAGUGCGCCACACCACACACACACGCCCACCACACACCGUGUCGUGUUCUCGCUUCACGUACCUGCCUGUCUGGCUGUCUGUCCUGCCCGCAUUCCAUUCAGGUGUGAGCGCGACGUUUAUCGACUCCCGUGCCGAGCAGGAGGCCAGGGAGCGGCAGCAGGCUGAGAUGAUGGCCGCGCAGCAGAGGGCUGAGGAGGAGGAUCAGGAGGAGGGCGAGGAUGUGGACCUCGACGAAGAGGGAGAGGGAGAGGGAGAGGGGGAGGCUGCUGAAGUGGAAGAUCAGGAGAAUGGCGAGAUGGCGGGUGGUGAUGAGGAGGGACACACACACAUGCAGGCCGACAACGAAGGUGAGGGUGAUGGUGGGGGUGAGGGUGGCGAUGCAGAGGGCCUCUUCGACGACGAGCUGGAGGAGGGGGCGGGGGCGGGGGCGGCGAUGGACAAAAAAGGCAAGGAGGGGUAUCAUGAUGACCACCAUAGUCACGAGCAGUGGCAGGACGCACAGAUGACGAUGGACUGACUGACUGACUGGAUCACGGCUAAGGGCGGGCGGAGUCGCAGUUGUUAGUGCUUCUGAUGGUGCGUUAAAGGUACCGCGCGGUAGACACCGUACGUGUGUGCCAGUGACGUCCUGCUCGAGGGAGGCUCUAACAAGUGUGACCCCGCAAACGCCCUCUCUGCAAUUGUUGCGUUGAAUACUAGAUGUGACGAUGAGCGAAUGGGGGUGGCCGGAGUGGUCCUCAGCAACUAAUGGUG